UGAGGGUUAACCUUCAAAUCUGCAGUGAGGCAGAUGAAAAGAGGCCACAAUCAGAACUGAAUGACAGGAGCAGUGUGAAGAUUAAAGCCUUCAUUUCGAAUCUGGAGGGAGCUUCACCAACACAAUUUUACAAAAGGAGCCACACUUUUCCUGGAGACUCUGGAAGAAGAGCGCAGGUCGUCGGCCUUUGACUCGUUCUGACAAGCAGCCAUGGGUUCCUUGGUGUGGGGCUUCAUCACUGACUUCUUCACCUAUGAGACCACUAAGUCUGUGGUGGUCAAGAGCUGGUCUGUGGGCAUCAUCAACCGGAUCGUACAAGUGUUCAUCAUCACAUAUUUUGUCGGCUGGGUUUUCAUCCACGAGAAAGCUUAUCAGUCGAUUGACACCGGCAUCGAGUCCUCUGUGAUGACCAAAGUUAAAGGUUUUGGUUACCACCACAACAAUGUGAUGGAUGUGGCCGACUACGUCUAUCCCCCACAGGGUGCAGGUGUGUUCUGCAUCAUGACCAAACUCAUCAUGACUGAAAAUCAGUUCCAGGGAAAAUGUGCGGAGACUGUUGACACGUUCUUUUGUGAAACGGAUGAAGACUGCGAAAACCAUCUUGGUUCCAUCCUUGCCAAUGGAGUGAUAACAGGCACUUGCCUUAAAUCUGAGAAUAACUCCACGGGUCAGUGUGAGAUUGAAGGAUGGUGUCCAGCUGAGGACGACAACGUCAUCAUAAAACCAAUGCUUGACGUGGAAAAUUUCACCAUUUUCAUCAAAAACAGUAUUCGCUUUCCACUCUUUGAUGUCACCAGAGGGAACUUUCCCUCCACAAUGACGGCCUCAGAGAUUAGGAGCUGCAAGUUCCAUCCAGAGACGAACCCCUUCUGCCCCAUAUUUAGGGUGGGGGACGUGUUGAAUUACACCGGACAGAGUGUGGAGAAGCUGGCAGACAAGGGUGGAGAAAUAGGAAUAAACAUUGAAUGGAAGUGUAACCUGGACCUGGACAUACACAAGUGUAUACCCAAGUACUCAUUCACACGCCUGGAUGCACCAUUUGCAAAGAACGCCAUCUCCAAAGGAUACAACUUCAGGUUUGCCAAAUAUUUCAAGACAGAGAAUGGGACUGAAUUUCGGACACUUCACAAAGCAUUCGCAAUCCGCUUCGAUGUUAUGGUUACAGGCAAUGCAGGAAAGUUUGACACAAUCCCAACACUGAUCAACUUGGUUGCUGCCUUCACCUCUAUUGGACUGGGUACGGUUCUCUGUGACAUUAUCUUGCUGAACUUCCUGAAAGGGGCAGAUCAGUACAAAGCCAAGAAAUUUGAAGAGGUGUCAGAUGCUCAGAUCGAAGCAUUCCUCGCUCAGAGCCCCGGCAGCCAGCUGUCACUCAAACAAGGCAUCAAGAGCUCCUAUGACUCUGGAUCCGUUUCCCUCGCGACCUCCGACCAGCCCCUGUGAGUGAUGACAAUAUGGAAAGCCAUCUGAAGAUAUGGACCUUCCUCUUUUUCCUCUCUUUCUCUUUAACAAACUGCCUCACAACAGCUUCAUUUGGCUUUUUUUCUCAAUGUCGGGAUCCUGACCUCAGAUUUAGUUUGGCAAGUUUAUGGAACUGGGCAAAGACGGACAACGUUGCUUCAAGCUUCACAAUUUCACAGCAUAGAAGUGGAUUCAGAAGAAAAAAGAACAAUGGCCUUGUCGCCUAAGAGUAACAGGCACCAACUGAUUGGCUACACAGAAAAAUUCAACUCACAGGGAAACAUA